AGGCAUGAGGACACUAACCCUGGUUACGGAAACUAACCCGGCAAUUAACCCGCAAUCACUUUCCGCCUACUCUAUAAAUACAAACUGAUUCUCACAUGCCAUCCUCACUCGAAAAAACGUCCAUCUCUAGACAAUUCUGCGAGCGGUCUGUCUAAAGAUCAGCUUUAAUCAAACCGUCUCUCACUCUCUCGCCCUCACAUCUUCUUAUACCUAUCAACCAAAAUUAACAAUAAUGAACAUCCUCUUGCUAGUGAAACUCGCUUUCUUGUUGAUUUUCUCCUCUUUCGCUUUAGGCCAAUCGUCGUAUCCUCCCCUUGUUCUCUCCCUACUCUCUCUCUUCCCUUCCUUGUUGCACUACCUUUUGGUCCCCGGUGGCUUUGCAUGGAGGAAUCACCGCCAUGGAGGUCACUCGAAGCUCAAGGGACCGAUCGGUUGGCCUGUUGUGGGAAGCAUACCCCAAAUGGCUUCUUCACUAGCUCACAGGAAACUAGCUUCCAUGGCGACUUCGCUCGGGGCGAAGCGCCUCAUGGCGCUUAGCCUCGGCCCGACCCCGGUGAUCAUCAGCAGCGACCCCGACACCGCCAAGGAAAUCCUCCACCACUCGGCCUUCUCAAACCGCCCCGUGAAGGAAUCGGUCCGCUCGCUCAUGUUCGAGCGGGCCAUCGGGUUCGCCCCCUCGGGGACGUACUGGCGCCACCUCCGCCACGUCGCAAUGAGCCACAUGUUCUCCCCGAGGAGGGUCGGCGGCCUCGCGGAGCUCCGGGGGUGCGUGGCUGGGGAAAUGUCAGCGGGGGUGCGGAGGGAGAUGGGGGAGAGAGGGUUUGUGGAACUGAGGGGGGUGUUGCAAGGGGGCUCUCAAAGGAACAUGCUGGUGAGUGUGUUUGGGAGUGAGAUAGGGCUGGAGAGGGAGAUGCUGCUGAGCCAUAUGGUCGGAGAAGGGUAUGAGUUGAUAGCGAAAUUCAACUGGGAGGAUCAUAUUCCACUGAGGUUCUUGGACUUUCAUGGCGUGAAGAGAAGGUGUCAUGAGCUUGCCAUUAAGGUCAAGAGCUUGGUGGGUCAGAUCGUCGAAGAAAGGAGAAGAGGCGGGGUUUUUCAUGGCGGCAAUGAUUUUCUCAGUGCCUUGCUAUCUUUGCCUCAGGAGGACCGGUUGAGUGAUUCUGACAUGGUUGCUGUUUUGUGGGAGAUGAUAUUUCGUGGGACGGAUACGGUUGCUAUUCUUCUCGAGUGGAUCAUGGCGAGAAUGGUUCUACACCCAGAGAUCCAAGCUAGAGCCCAGCAAGAGCUCGACAUGCAUGCUGAUCGAGAUCGGCAUGUACGAGACUCGGACAUCCCGAACCUGCCUUACCUCCAAGCUAUAGUGAAGGAAGCCCUCCGGAUGCACCCCCCCGGUCCGCUUCUCUCGUGGGCUCGCCUGGCAAUCCAUGACGUCCACGUGGGCAAGACCUUUGUCCCGGCUGGCACUACGGCGAUGGUCAACAUGUGGGCCAUAACCCACGACCCAACCAUAUGGAAGGACCCGUGGGCCUUUAGGCCCGACCGGUUCAUCGAGGAGGACGUGUCGGUCAUGGGCUCGGACAUGAGGCUGGCUCCAUUCGGCUCGGGCAGGAGGGUGUGCCCCGGCAGGAUGAUGGGGUUGGCUGUGGUGCAGCUAUGGCUAGCGCGGCUUCUUCAUCAGUUCGAAUGGGUUCCAACAAAGCCUGUGGAUCUUUCAGAAUGCUUGAGGCUUUCCCUGGAGAUGAAGAACCCAUUGGUUUGCCGUGCCAUCCCUCGUCUUGGAUCAAUCACUUCAUGAAGUAUCUUUUGACAUGGUCUUGAAUAUAUGAGAGAAAUCUUUGUUGUGAGCAUAAUGUGCUAAGAUAUGUCAAAAUUAGUAUUGAGAUGUACUUGUGUGGUAGUCCGUUGCCCUUUCAAGCAAAUUGUAAAUUAGUAAGUUUAACUAGUUAA